AUGGCCUCCACCACCACCUUCUCCGUCUUCCUCCUCUUCAUUACCCUUUUCAAAACCCUAACCCUAAAUCCCUCUUUUCCUCCUCCACCACCACCGCCGAAUUACAUCAUCGGAUUCACCCAAUACAAAACCGCCGAUCACCACCGUGCUUACCUCGAAUCCAACCUCCGAUCAAAAGGGUGGCAAUGGAUCGUGCGGAAGAAUCCUGCAGCUAAGUUCCCCACCGAUUUCGGACUCGUUUCGGUUCAUGAAUUGGGGCUUAUUGAAGAAAUUAAGAAAUUAGGGUUGGUGAAGUAUGUAAGUUUGGAUAUGAGCUAUAAGAGGGGUUUGUUGAAGCAUGAGAGUGAUAAAGUUGGUUCCUUUGUUGAUGGGAAUAAGCGUCCUGGGAAGAUCUUCACAAAGAUGUCGUUUUGUGAUGCAGAUGAACAAGUUGAAGAUUCUAUUAAUCGCAAUGGUUCAAUCAAGUGGGGUAGAGAUUUGUUGAGCCAGAGAUCACAAGUUACUUCCAUGUUUGGGGCGGAAGAACUGUGGACGAGAGGUCACACAGGUGCAAAGGUCAAGAUGGCCAUAUUUGAUACUGGCAUUCGAGCUGAUCACCCUCACUUCCGUAACAUCAAGGAGCGUACAAAUUGGACCAAUGAGGAUACAUUGAAUGACAAUCUUGGACAUGGGACCUUUGUUGCUGGUGUUGUUGCCGGUAUGGAUUCCGAGUGCCUUGGUUUUGCACCAGAUACAGAGAUUUAUGCAUUUCGCGUGUUUACUGAUGCACAGGUGUCAUAUACCUCUUGGUUCCUUGAUGCCUUUAACUAUGCAAUUGCAACAAAUAUGGAUGUGCUCAAUUUAAGUAUAGGUGGACCUGAUUACUUGGAUCACCCAUUUGUGGAAAAGAUAUGGGAGAUAACAGCCAAUAACAUAAUCAUGGUUUCUGCAAUUGGAAACGAUGGACCACUUUAUGGAACAUUGAAUAAUCCAGCAGAUCAAAGUGAUGUGAUUGGUGUUGGUGGUAUUGACUAUAGUGACCAUAUAGCCUCCUUUUCUUCACGUGGGAUGAGUACAUGGGAACUUCCUCACGGUUAUGGCCGUGUGAAACCAGACGUUGUUGCAUAUGGACGGGACAUAAUGGGAUCAAAGAUUAGUUCGGGCUGUAAAAGUUUAUCGGGAACAAGUGUUGCAAGUCCUGUAGUUGCUGGUGUUGUAUGUUUACUUGUCAGUGUCAUUCCUGAACCUGAUCGCAAAAAUAUCUUAAACCCAGCAAGCAUGAAACAAGCAUUGGUCGAGGGUGCAGCAAAGCUUGCUGGGCCUAACAUGUACGAACAGGGCGCUGGCAGAGUUGAUCUGUUAGAAUCAUAUGAGAUUCUUAAGAGCUACAAGCCUAGAGCAAGCAUCUUUCCCAGUGUUCUUGAUUACUCGGAUUGUCCUUAUUCAUGGCCCUUUUGUCGUCAGCCACUCUAUGCAGGUGCCAUGCCUGUCAUAUUCAAUGCCAGCAUUUUAAAUGGAAUGGGUGUUAUUGGCUACGUCGAAAGUCCGCCAAUAUGGCAUCCUUUUAAAGAAGUUGGGAAUCUUUUAAGCAUUCAUUUUACAUAUUCUGAGGUCAUCUGGCCCUGGACUGGUUAUUUGGCCAUUCAUAUGCAAAUCAAGGAAGAAGGUGCACAAUUUUCUGGUAACAUUGAAGGCAAUGUGACUCUUAGGGUUUCCAGCCCUCCGGCUCAAGGAGAGAAGCACCCUCGAAUAAGCACUUGUGUGCUUCAAUUGAAGUUAAAAGUGGUGCCGACGCCGCCACGAGCAAAACGAAUUUUGUGGGAUCAGUUUCACAAUAUCAAAUACCCUCCAGGUUAUAUUCCCAGAGAUUCCUUGGAUGUUCGUAAUGACAUUCUUGACUGGCAUGGGGAUCAUCUACAUACAAAUUUUCACAUAAUGUUCAACAUGUUACGAGAUGCUGGUUACUAUGUUGAAACACUCGGUUCUCCUCUUACGUGCUUUGAUGCUCGACAAUAUGGAACACUUCUUUUGGUGGAUCUUGAAGAAGAGUACUUUGCCGAGGAGAUUGAAAAGUUGAGAGACGAUGUUAUAAAUACUGGAUUGGGAUUAGCUGUCUUUGCUGAGUGGUACAAUGUAGAUACCAUGGUAAAGAUGAGAUUCUUUGAUGAUAAUACCCGAAGUUGGUGGACUCCUGUCACUGGAGGUGCUAAUAAUCCUGCACUUAAUGAUCUUUUGGCUCCAUUUGGAAUUGCCUUUGGUGAUAAGAUUCUGAGCGGUGAUUUUUCACUUUUUGGUGAGGAGAAUCGAUACGCAUCUGGAACAGACAUAGUGAGGUUUCCAAGGGGUGGUUACGUACAUAGUUUCCCCUUUUCGGAUAGUUCAGAAAGCGGAGCCACUCAGAAUGUGUUGCUUACUUCUAGCACCACCAAGGCCGAUUCUCCAAUUCUUGGUCUUACGGUGAUGGGGGAAGGUCGCAUUGGCGUGUAUGGUGACUCCAACUGUUUAGACAGCAGCCAUAUGGUGACUAACUGUUUUACACUUCUGAGGAAAAUGCUAGAUUUUACCAGCGAGAAUGUUAGAGAUCCAGUGCUUUUCUCUAGUUCAAAUAAACAAGACGCGCCCUUGUAUGAAGAUGACAAUCAGUUGCCAUCUCGCAGAACUGAUGUAAAUUUUUCAUCAUAUUCAGCUGUUGUGGGGAAGGAAUUGUUCUGCAGGACCGACUCAAGGUUCGAAAUAUGGGGAACCAAGGGCUACAGUUUGCAAGUCAGAGGAAGAAACAGAAGAUUGCCAGGUUAUCCUGUCAUUGAUCUGGGUGAGGGUUUCAAUUCAACCUUUGAUGCUUCUUACCUUACGCGAAAGGUAAAUUUGAGAAGUAACGAUGACUCUCUUGGGAAUAGAUAUUUGGGCUUGUUCUAUGGAGAUGAGCCUGAUGCGCCUAUGCUAGUUGGUAGUCACUGGCUUAUUCCUGCUGUUGUUGCAGUAACUGGUAUAUUAGUAUUAUUGAGUUUUUGGCGCAUUCGGCAAAAGAGACGUCGAAGAAGGAAAGGAUCAUCAAGCACUGGUAGAUUGACCAAUUUAUAG